UUGUUCAGGAAUGGCGGAUUAAAAACAAAACAAGUCUACUCUUGACAAUUUUUGGGAAAAUUGCCUGAUCUGUAGUUUCCAGGCAAGAUCUCUACCGGGUGUAUCUUUUAAUUCAAAUGGACAUAAUCGUGAGGUAUUGCAAGUUUAAUCUGGUAGUACAGCUGUAAGAGAAGGAUGUCAAAUAAGUUUACAAAGGAAGAUCUAGAUACUCAGUUUGAUGCUUUUCUGAGAGAUUCUGUUUCAUCAGAGGAAUCUUUGCAAAAAUAUCUAAAGAAACCAGUUAAAAAGGAAAGAAAGUCAAAAUGGUAUGAAGAAGAUAAUGAAAAUGACAAUAGCACCACAAUUGGAACCGGAUUAAGUCCAAGUGGAAAGAGUUUUCUAAAAACAAAAGAAUCAAAAUCUGGAAAUUCCCAAGAUGAAAGUAAAGCAGUGGAAUUAAUACCCAAACAAAGGAAUAAGAAAGAUGUGAAUAACAAGAAUAGAAGAGGUUCAAAACAAGAAAUAUCAUUGAGUAAAGAUAGUUUAGAUGAUAUUUCUGAAAAGUCUGAAGACAUUAGUGAAGAAAGGAAAAAGAUUCAUCAACUUGUAGCAGAAGCGAGUUAUGAAAAUAACAAGGACAACUUUCAGGGAGAAGAUGAUAUUCUGAAUGAAUAUGUCAGCACUGGACCUGGUGUGGAUACAUUGAAUGAGUUGGCUGAUAAACAACAAUUUUUUCAGGGUUUAGAAGAAGAAACUGGCCAAUCUGUUGAUUAUCAUAGAUUAAUAGGAGAAAUAAGUGGUACAACAUACAAUCCUGUUGAUACUAAUCAUAAAAUAGCUGAUAUGUUGGAUGAUUCUAGAGAACAGGAAGAAAGAAGAAAUGAAUUAUAUCAUCAUGAAGUCAAAGAACAAUCAUUUGAAAAGGAUUCAUCUCACCAGAAGCCCAGUAUGUUGUCAAAAGUAUCAUUAUUGGAUUCAAUGGAUUCUACCAUGAAUACAACAACGUCACCUAAAGUUGGUACCUCAUCCAGAGAUCAUGAUGUUAGUCAAGAUAAUCUUAAGUUAACAGUUCCUGGUACAAUGAAAACACAUACUGGUACAGAGUUUAUGGGAACAAACACAAGUAAAGAAAUAGAGGAUUUACAUCAAGCCAUGCGAGAGGUAAAUAGGUCAGGAGCUACAACAGAUCAGCAUGAUCAACCAUUUGAUAUGUCAGCGUCAAGAGAUCAACUGGUCAAUGACCUAUUUAAUACAAACACAAAUGGUAAAGAGAGACCAAUAAGUGAGAUAUUUCAUGAUAUAGAUCAGAUAGAAUCAAGGAGAGCUCAACGGUCCGAUGUAUCAACAGACUUCAAGUUAUUAUCAGAUUAUAAAACACAACCAAAUAUACAAGCUCAACAUAAAAAAGGUUCACAAUCAUCUGGUAUAGACGAUUCAAAGAUAGAUGGAGGUGGGUUUGAUCAUUCACAUACUGAAGAUACCGAAGUCUUUCAUCCUCCGCCUGUUACUGCUGUGUCAGUUAGAGACAAAAAAAAGAAGGAGAAGUUACACAAUACCAUUUCAGCUCAAGCAGUCGAUCAUGGGAGAAGUAAAUCUAGAAGUAAAUAUGGUAAUAUACAGAGCUCAGGAUAUGGUAGAAAAUCACCAUCUGUGUCACCAAUACGAUCCCCAACAAAAUCGCCAAUACGACCUCUCUCUGAUAGAACCAAAAAACUUAGUCAGUCUUCACCAGAUGUUACUAGACAGAAACCCAGUAAAAAAGCAUCAUCUAAAUCUCAAAAUGUGAAACAAGGUGACAAAAAGAUACAAGAUCAAAAGCAACUCUUGGCAUCUGUAGAUUCAUUUACAAGAUAUAUUAAAGAUCAGAUCAAUGGAAAAGAUUUGCCUGGGGCAAAAUGGUCAAAAGAUGAACCAUCUCAGUCAUCUAGUAUUAAGUUAGAUAAAUCUGGUGGUUUAAAUAGAGAGCAAGUUUUAUUACAAGAACUUAAAGAUUUACAACAACAAUGGCAGGAAGUUAGAAAGGAAAAUGUCACCCUUAAAGGGGACAUGACAUCAAUGAGACAGGAACAUGCUCAGGAAAUGGAAAACUUUCGAUUGGAACAUGAGAAAGAAUUGUUUAAACUUAAACAAGAGAAUUUCGUGUUAGCUGCCAAGAAUCAGGUAGAUGAUGAACAUAAAGAACAACAUAGAAAACAAAUAACAGAAGAUCUGGAUAAUGUAGCUAAAGAGCGAAUAAACAAAUUAGAAAAAGAAAUAAAAGAACAGGAAACAUUAAUAGUUGGAUAUCAACAAGAAAAUCAACGGCUCUAUAAUGAAGUUAAACAAAUAGAUAAAAAUACUAAAGACACGGAAGGUUCGAUGUUCAAAGAAAAUCAGAAAUUAGCUCGAGAAGUUAGUCAACUAAGAGAACACUUAAGUCAGAAAGAAUAUGAGUUAAAACAUAAAGGUACUAUAACAAGUGUUGUAGCUCAACAAGAGAUAGCAGGUGGUCAAACAUCGACUUCUAGUAUGUCUAAUCAAGCUGUACUAGGAGCUGGUAAAAUAGCACAGUUAGAAUCAGAAUUAAAGGAAGCAACGAAACAGUAUGAUAUGUUACAACGUGAACUAAAAACUAUACAGAAUACUAAAAUAGAAUUAGAACAGCAUAUAGAUACUUUAAUACGAGAAAGAGAAGAUAUAAAGAAACAACUUGAUUUAGCUAAAACUUUACGACCUGAAGAUGCCAGGGCAUUAGAAGAAAAAUACAAACAGGAAAUAGAGAAAUUAAGUAGAAAAUUAAAAUGGUAUGUUGAAAAUCAGGAGAUGUUAGAUAUAGGUGCUAAAACAAUUAAAACUAAAGAUUUAACUAUAGAAAAACUAAAGAAACAAGUUGAAGAUUUACAAACAGAGACUGGCAAAAAGUUAGAAGAGAAUAAAUUACGGGUUAAAGAAAGAGCAGCUGAUGCUAGGAGAAUACAAGAUCUAGAAAGACAGGUGCGAGAAAUGGAUCAGAUUAUUCGAAAACGUCAUCCUAAUUCAUUACCCGCCAUGAUAUUAGCUGCUGGUGCUGUACCAGAUUCUAUCCCAGAUAAAAAGACCCCAACUAAUCUAGUCCUAGAAAAUAGAAUUAAGAAAUUAGAAGGUGAAUUAGCUAGUAAAGAUUCUGAAAGUGAGCAGUUGUUACGAGGCAUGGAACAAAAAUAUAAUGCAGUAAAGAUGCAGUUUGAAGAAAGAAUUUAUGAUUUAGAAUCCCAGUUAUCUCGUUUUAUUGAAAACCCAGGUGAUCCUCAUCCUCAUACACACGUAGGAGCUUUACAGAAGGAAUUAGAUAGUACUAGAGAUAGAUAUAGAAAACAAAUAGCAGAAUUACAAUCACAGAUAUUACAAUUACAAACAGAACUACAAAAAUCACAGAAAACUAAUGGAUUAAAUACAUACAAAUUAGAUAAUUCAAGUGAAAAUGAAUUACGCCUACAAGUUUUACAAUUGCAAAGAGAGGUUGAAAAUAAAUCACAUGACAUCCAGGUUCUCCAGAAAUCUUUAGAAAAAUUAAGGAAAGAAAAACAUCUAUAUAUGAUUAAUGGAGUUGGUAAAAAUAAUACAGAUGUAAAGAAAGGUAAAAGUAAGAAGAGUGUAAAGAGAUUAGAAGAGAAUGGUAUUGAUGUUACUACAACAGAUAAUAUAUUACAUCAAUCAUCAUCUGAUCAUUAUAACUCACAUGUUAAUAUAACAGAUAUUGUGAAAGAAAAUGAAUAUUUGAAAAACAAGGUUGAAAGGCUACAGUUAAGUUUAGAUCAACAGAGAGUCGAUUUAAGAAAAUCUCUAGCAGAAACAGAGGCUGUUGUUAGAAGAAGUCGAGAAGAAUAUGAAGACAAGAUUGAUACACUAAGAUCAAGUCACCAGAAAGAAUUCCAGAGAAUAUUAUCAGAACAAGCUAUAAGCCAUUCUACAUCUAAAGUAGCUGAAUUACACAGUAAAUGUGAUGCUCAAGAGGUUUUAAUUCACCAUCUGAAAGAACAGCUGUCUAAGAAUGAAGUAGAUGCAGAACAUAUAUCAAUAUUAAAAAUUGAAAAAACAGCAUUACAAACACAGAUUGAAAAACUACAGGAUCAGUUAGCAGAUGCAAAGCGUAAUUAUACUCCGGGCAUGAAACAUUUUGUAAGCAUUCAGGAAAAGAUAACUCAGAUGGAAAGACGACAUGAAAAACGUGAAGAAGAAUUACAAGAUAUUAUUAAAAACACACAAAAUAUUGCAUCAACGCAAUUAGACAAAGAAGCCGAAAAGUGGAAGAAAAUAGUUGAAAUGAAAAAUUUAGAAAUAGAAAAAUUUAGGACAGAACUUGAUUCAAUUUUAAAUGUGAUACGCAUGUUACAAAAACAAGGUGUCGUUCUUCCAUUGAAAUCCUGAUAUAUUAUCUUAACUAAAACUUUUACUUGUGAUAUUUUUCCAUGACUUAUCAGUGCUAUACGGAAUAUUUCAAACACCGUCCACUAAAUUAUUUUAAAACAUAUCCUGUUAAUAAAUAUGAUUUAUGUGCAGUAGUAUUUUCAUAAUUACAUACAUGUAUUAGUAUUAUUGAUACUAACAUUUAGAACAACUGCUGGAUGGUAGUUUUAUUUAUCCAAUUAGGUACCAAAUCAUCUGCAUCACAAGUUAUUUUUGAUGUCAUGAAUUAUCAAAACACCUGCAACAGUUUUUGGUCAUGAAAUGAAAUGAAAUGGGGUUUAACGUCCUAAUUUCUGCACUUUUUGAUCAUGACCAAGUGCUCAUAAAUUGUAAUGGUAAAUAGUUACCCAGGAAUGUAUAUCAGUGAGUUGAAAGCUGAACUGCCUGCUAUAAAGUUUAGUAGAAAAUUUACAUUGAACUUUCAGUAUGAAUGAAGGCUGUAAAAUAAGCAGUGCAAACUUUUAAAGAUACAUUCCAACAAAAGUAUCAGGUGGUUAUUUCCAAUAAAAGUGUGGAAAGUAGAGACACCCAAUCUUACUAGAAAAAUACUGGAUACCCUGAAAAACAUCAAUGGAGCAUGAUCAGGACAAGAAUGUAACUGGGUCACUAAUUGUCAGUCUGACCAGUAAGGCUGUUUGCACGAGCGAACGUGGAAAAGGUGAAACAGAUUCUGAGGACAGGGAACCAUACCAGAAUUUACUUAGGCUUCAAUAUUUAUGGUAAAUGGGCAGCGAUUAAAGACAAUAUCAUCUUUUAUAUGCAAUGAAUUCUCCUUCGGCUUGGCAGCCUUGAGUUGGUUCGUUGACGGCGAAGUCACGUGACACAAAUAUGGAUUCUUUAUUUAGAUUUUUUUAUAGCUUGGGGUAUUUCCUCACAAAUACAAUGUUUGAGAGGGACUUAGAGUUGGAGCAAAUUUUUGAUACAUUAAUUAGUUUGAAUAUGUUUUUAAUCAAGAUAUACCAUCAUAUCCACCCAGUUUGUACAUGGGAAGGCAUCUUUAAAUAGAUUUGACUAAACAAUUUUAAUAUCAGGUUAUAGCCCUUUCAUUUUUCUAGAAAAUAAGCAUAACAUACAGUGUUUAAUAAGAAUUAAUUAUGAAAUAUAUCACAUUAUCAUGGCAAAAAAACUUUAAUAAUUUGACAUGAUUUCCAAUUUAGAAGACUAGUAUAUCUAGGGGAUUAAAGCACAUUUUUAGAAAGGAUUGUUUGAUUUAUCAACUAAAAAUAAAUAAAAGUAUAUUAUUCGUACAUAUAUAUUUAUUAGUGUAAUCACUCAGGUUAAAUAGUUUCAUUAUUGGUAAAAGCAUGUGUUCAGAAACAAGUGCCUUAUGUAAAAUGUUGUCGUAGUAACAAUGUAUUUAUUUAUUUUAACUAUGUGUAGAAGGCCAAUAUUUUUGCCCUCUUGUAUAAAUAAUUUACGAUUGGCACAAUUGCCUGUGUCAGUAUUUGAAACAAUUGUUAGGAACAUCUGUACUUUAAUGCAAUGAGAUAAUUUUGAUCUACUGAAGAGAUUCAAGCAGUGGCUAGUAUAUGAAACUACCAUAGAAUAUUGUCCAUAAUAAAAUGAAAACACUCAUCAUAUAGAAGAACAUGGCUUAAUUAUUAAUGUAUUGCACAAUGCACAUUGACCAACCACACAUAAACUAUUUGCGUCCAAACCUGAAAAUUAGAACAUAAUUAUAUCAUAUAAUUGUUAAUAUAAUGUUAUUAUUAUAAUAGGUCCUAUAAAUGUAUUAUAAUGUAUAUUUUUGUAUUUAUAGUAUAUAAUUAAUUUAUUAAAUAAUUUAUUUAUUAUUGUAUUUAGGUUCUGUAUUUCCCACCAGGUAAUGUAUAUUACAGUGGAUUGGUAACUUAAAUGAUCGAAAUGCUUUAAGACUUUGUGGAAUGGAGAUAUUAGAUUUUAAUGACAGCUUUUGUAAAUCUACACCAAGCAGAUUCGCAAGGUGGAUAUUGUUUGAAUUUGAAACAUACAUUACAAAACAGUCUUACUCAGCCCUUGAAAAGGCUUUUGUUCGCAUCUGAGAAAAAUUUUGAUUAAGAUUUAUUGCAUUCAAGGGAGUUAAUUCCUAAUUUCUAAAGUGUAAAUGAUAAUUGUACAGGAUUUAUAAAUUGUUUCAAUGGCAUUUGGUAAUUGAACUGGAAUAUACAGG